AUGAAGUAUUUUCCGUCAUCUUCGCGCGCGAAAUUAGCUGACCUAAAGUCGACUGUUGAUUUGCUCACGUCGAUAACGUUCUUUCGGAUGAAGGUUCUGGAAUUGGCCAGCCCACCUCGUGCUUCCAAUGUUGUUCGUGAAUGCGCCAAGGCUUGCAUGCAGGCCACCUACCAACUAAUGUUUGAGAGCUGCUGUGAAGAUGGUGGGCCGUCUGCAGAUAGCGUAAAAUUCUGGUUCGACUUUCUGGACUACAUGAUGCGAGUCAUCGAAGACGAUAAGAACAUCUACACACCUGUUUUGAAUCAGUUUCCGCAGGAACUGAAUGUUGGCAAUUUGUCUGCAGCCACACUCUGGCAGCUUUACAAAACCGACCUGCAGAUGGCUUUGGAAGAGCAUUCACAAACUAAGAGAUGUUCGACGCCGGAAUAUAUGAACUUAUAUUUCAAAGUGAAAGGUUUCUACUUCAAAUAUGUUGCUGAUUUGCCACAGUACAAAGCCUCAAUACCAGAAUUUCCUGCGUGA